UGUAUUUCAAAGCCGAAUGUACUUCAGUGGAGAAUUCGGGAUUCUGAGCCGCCAAGCGCCCCGUGGAGGAAUAUACUGUUCUUGCAGUGCUGCAGUUUCGUUUUGUGAAUCAUUUGGGCGUGUAGUCUUCAAAACCUAAGCUGCAGUACAAGACUUCCGAAUGAAAAGUCAUUCUGCUGUUGUCACGCUGUAGUUUCAUUUAUUGUAAACUUUUCGAAAGCAUGCCGCUUCCAAAAGCUCUAUUCGCCGCCAUUGGGGUUACAGCUGGGGCUGCUGGUGCUGUUAUUUUGACCCCGUUUGCGCUCUACAUGGCUGGGUUCUCCGCCACUGGAAUCACAGCUGGUUCUUUGGGAGCUGGCAUGAUGUCAUCAGCAGCCAUCGCCAACGGGGGCGGAGUGGCUGCGGGAAGUUUGGUCGCGCUGCUCCAGUCAGCAGGUGCUGCUGGUAUGUCUGCAGCUGCAACAGCUGGUGUGGCAUCAGUGGGAGGCACUGCAGGGGGUCUGUUAGGAGGAGCUGUUGGUUUGUUGAAGAGGAUGAGGAGAUAAGAAAUGUCCAUCGAGCUUCUGAUCACAAACACUGACAAAGUCAGUGCAGCUUUGCAAUUGUAAUAAAUUAUCUCAAUUUCAUAAGCAGGUCCUUCUCGCCUGGUCUCUGUUAUACAAGCACAACUUUUCAGAGAAAUUCGGUAUAUAAGGUCUGGCAUGGGCUUGCCGACCCUUCAUUAAAUUAAUUGGUCCCACUUUAUAUUAAGUGGCCUUAACUACUAUGUACUUACGUCAAAAAGAAGUACAAUGUACUUAUUGUGUUCAUAUUGUAUUGCAAAACACUUUUUGCUGCUAUUGAGAUGGAUACGGGUAAGGUUAGGGGCAGGUUUGGUGGUAUGGGUAGGUUUAAGGGUGGGUUAACAUGUUAGGGAUGGGUCAGCAGUGUAGUUAUAAAUGUAAUUACAGAAAUUAAUUGCAGAUGUAAUUACAUGCAGGUAUUUUUUACAUAAGUACAGUGUAAAAACAUGUAUUUACACAUUAAGUGCAUUGUAUUAAAUGGUUCAUUUAAAUGUAAUUACAUAGCAGUUAAGACCACUUAAUAUAAAGUGGGACCAAUUAAUUUAUAAAAAUAAAAAAAAGAAGAAGAUGGAUUGUGGCAUUGGUAUUAGAUCUGUCAUUAGAGGGGAUUGCUGGGUGCCAUAUAGAUAAAUGACUUUUGGACAAAAAGUAUUGUCUGAAAUGGGGAGUAUUUAUUGAAAUAGCUUACCCAGGUCAUUAAGACAGUGUUGUACAUAUCACACAUAUAAAGAUCACCUUAAAAAGUGGCUUAUGUUGAACCAGAUGUGUAAACAUUUUACUUGUGUAUUUUUUAAUAAUGUGUUUGGGGUAUUUGACUAUUAGUGUUUUAUGUAUAUUUGAGUAUUGUGUCCUUGUGUCAAGGGACUACAGAUGUAAAUUAGCAAUGUUGCUAUAUAAUCCGGCUUGUUAACAUUUUGUAUUUUAUACUAAUGUUCAUAUUUUAAUUGCAAAGAUUGUCCCUAUUAAAUAAAUAAACAAAUUGAAUCAAAACAAA